UUUUUUCUCUUUUUUCUUUUUUCUCGAGAAAUGAAAUCGACAAGCGGUACGAUUGUUUAAUCUCUCUCGCGAUCGACUUGAGAAAGCGAGGACGAAUAACAUUUUACUUUGAAGAAAAAUUCAUUCCUACUUCCCUCACUUGCAAUUACCGAGUUGAAGCAAGAUUAAUCUCCAGACGACGAUGAAAAUCAGCGGAAAGGAUCUCCUCCUGGAUUUUAUCUCCUUGGCCUCGAUUGGUGGGCCUCUCGUCCCGGGAACAUGGAAGGAAAUCAGCAGGCGAUUCACUCCAGUUAAAACACCACGGCAAUUAUCCUCCGGUCUAAUUAAUUUUAAUUGGCAUAAACAUUAAAUGUCGGGAGAGACGGAUGGAAACGAGCUAGAUAACGACAGAGGACUAAUGACGAUCUACGCCCGUCUCGCUUGAUAACUCGUUCGAUUAAUUAUCGCACGUGUAAAUUCUACGUCCACGUGUAGUUGUACCAAAGAGAGCGGCUCUUUUGUUCGAUCAAUUGAUGGUCGCGUUGCAGAAGGUGGUGGACAAUCAGGGCAGGGGAGAGCUCGGCGGUGGCAGCAGAACGUUCACGAGAUCGUCGGGAUCUCACUUACCGGCCGGGAAUUCCCAAGUCAUUCCAUCGGCUGACGAGCAAACGAUGGAUCUUCAACGGCGCGGACAGGCGAAAGGCCGGGUUUACUGGCGCUGUUACUUCAACGCCGUGACAUGCUUCAAGAGAAAGUGAUAACGAGCCGAACCAGUAACCAGUCUGCACCGCGAUAUUGAAACCCGACUCGACCAUAAGAUUCCUCGCAUGCUUAUUCCCGGUCAAAAGAGAAACGAAUAAAUCAAAAAAUUCAGGACGAGAUUAGACCCUAAAUAAGUCCAAAGAUGAUCCUGUGUCUUCUCCCAUGAGUCGGUUAUUGUUACUUCCCUGUUACUUCUAUCGAACUAUCGAAUCUGUCCAUCUGUCUCCUUAACGCUGUUUUCUUUCUCCUUUCGUCUAUUAAACGCUGUACCAAAUGUAUAUCUUUCUGGUUUAUAAAGCACAUACAAGUAUCGAUUAAACGUAUUUACUUAAAACGCAUCAAAUUUA